AGUUGGAGGGUUUAUUGCUUCAAUUCCUGAAGUCAUGGUUGCUGCUCUCCUGUGCUUCAUGUGGGCAAUGCUUGCAGCUUUGGGUUUGUCAAAUCUAUGUUAUAGUGAGGCCGGAAGCUCUCGGAAUAUCAUAAUGGUUGGAUUAUUUUUAUUUUUCUCCCUCUCAAUACCAGCUUACUUUCAGCAAUAUGGCAUCUCUCCAAAUUCCAACUUGUCUCUUCUAAGUUAUUUUCAACCAUUUAUCGUGGCAUCUCAUGGACCUUUCCGCAGUAAAUAUGGAGGGGUAUGUGUCUCAUUAACUUUCAUUUAACUACGAACUCGGUGUUUACGAAUUCUAUGUAGUCUUAUGCACAUUUAAUUGUUGGUGAAAAAUGGAAAGGAUAUACAUGGGCAAUGGAAACUUUACGAUCAUGGAACCAUUCGUUAUUAGUGAAUCCUUUCAAUAGAAUCCAAGAAAAUGUUAGGCUCUGCCAUGCUCCAUUAUUAUCACUGGAUGCCUUUGAAUGUUCUGAUUCAAAACUAGCUGCCAUAAAAUAUUUCACCUAUAAAUAAGCAUCUGCUUUUUAAUGUCUUUUUGGCAGGUAAACUACGUUAUGAAUACGAUGCUAUCAUUUCACAUGGUAAUGGCAUUCCUUGUGGCUGUUAUAUUGGACAACACCGUACCUGGAAGUCCGCAAGAACGCGGGAUUUACGUGUGGUCUGAAUCAGAGGCUGCAAGAACGGAACCUACAGUCGUCAAAGACUACGAGUUGACCUUCCGGGUCUGCCGGAUUUUCAGAUGGGUAAAGUGGGUUGGGCUUUGACAAUUUUUUCUAGGCCUGUUAAGCCAUCUUCACAUCAUCAAGUUCAUCAGAUAAGACAUUCAUGGGGAUCACUGCUCCGCACUGUGAUUUUAAAGGCAUACCCUUGGGCUUAUAUUGGUAAAUAGCCGUCAGAACUGUUUCUUUUUUGCUCACACGAUGGGACUUUUUUGGGGCUAAAAGGAGCUGUAGAGAUAAGUUAUUUGUGUACAUUGAGGAUCCAGAGGGAUCCAGUUGUGUUGUAAUUCUAAAUUUAUAAACACUGUAUCUAGUUUUUGAGUCACCGAAAUUGUCCAGAGGGACAUUUCACUUUUGAUGAAGACUUUUUUUUCCAUCUUUUUGUACAUUUUCCCAUUAUUAUUUGAUUAGCUUCUUUUCAACUGUGCUAGAUUUGAUUUACCAAUUGUUUCUUGAUUUCAUAAAGACAGACAAUUCACUUCUAGAAUGAUGAUUAAUGCAGCUUUUUCCAUCACAAAAGCCGAUGGCUUUGUUCCAUGUUCUAUGUAUUUUACUAUAUUCUGAUGAGUUAAAACGUGGAAGUUGAAGAGAUCUAAAUAUUUUCUGAGUGACAGUUCAACCAAGUCAUCUAAA